AUGCGCCGAGUUGUUGUCACAGGCCUCGGCGCCAUCACUCCCCUUGGCGUAGGUAUUCGGCAUACAUGGAAUAAACUAAUCGCUGGGCAUUCGGGUAUCAUUAGUGUUGCGGACUUCGAACCGCAGAAACGAUGGCGCGAUCUUACGAGCACCGUAGCUGGGAUCGUUCCAAAGUCAGGUCCCGGUGAAAACCGGUGGUGUCCCAAUGACUGGUUGACGGUUUCGGAUCAACGGCGCAUGUCCACCUUCACUCAAUAUGCCAUGGCCGCAGCAGAGAUGGCUCUCGAGGAUGCCGCAUGGAAACCAAACAAGCGGGAAGAUUUAGAAUCGACUGGUAUUUGUUUAGGAAGCGGCAUCGGAAAUUUAGAUGAACUAUACAACACUAGUGUUGCGUAUGAACGAGAUGGCUACAAGAAGGUAUCCCCUCUCUUCGUACCCAAGAUCCUCAUCAACCUAGCAGCAGGGCAUAUUGCAAUGAGAUACGGGUUUCAAGGCCCUAAUCAUGCUGUAACUACAGCUUGCACUACAGGGGCACAUUCUAUCGGAGAUGCCUCGCGCUUCAUUGCAUUUGGAGAUGCCGACGUUAUGGUUGCAGGGGGGUCAGAGUCCUGCAUUCACCCUCUAACCUUCGCGGGAUUCGGGAGGUCGCGUUCUUUAUCCACUUCCUUCAACCACGAUCCACCCUCAAGCUGCCGGCCGUUCGAUAGUCAGCGGGACGGGUUUGUGAUUGCUGAAGGUGCAGCAGUUCUUGUUUUAGAGGAACUAGAGCAUGCCAAAUCAAGGGGUGCUCGUAUAUAUGCUGAAUUAAAGGGGUAUGGAUCUAGCGGUGACGCACAUCACAUGACAGCUCCUCGCGAAGAUGGAUCAGGGGCAUACCUCUCUAUGAAGAAGGCAUUAAAGCAUGCCGGAAUCAAACCUCAUCAAGUUGACUAUAUUAAUGCGCACGCCACUAGUACCUCUGUCGGCGACAUAGCGGAGGCCCUUGCCAUCCGCUCAUUAAUGGCAGGCGAGGAAGGACAUCUUAACGAGGGCCAAGUCUCCGUUAGUAGUACCAAGGGAUCUAUUGGGCAUCUUCUUGGGGCGGCGGGCGCAAUAGAAGCCAUUUUCACCAUCUUGGCCAUUGUCGAGAAUAUUCUCCCCCCGACACUAAAUCUAACAAAACCUAAUGUUGAGCCCAAAUUCAACUUUGUACCUCUUGAAGCUCAGGAGAAGAAGAUCAAUGUUGCUUUGUCGAAUAGUUUCGGCUUCGGAGGUACCAACGCGACGCUAGUCUUCUCUCAACUCGACUAA